UUCCGGGAUUCUCCUAUAGGCCAAUCAGGUUGCGGAUUCAUAAAAACAAAUGAAAACGCAGACCCAUUGAAAAGGAAUGGAAAUUACUAACUUGGAUCCAUUCAUUUCAGUAGGUUCAGCUUCCUAGUUGGGUACAACCAAUUUGAUUUCUUCCACCCCUUUGUCCCCUAUAAGGCGCUAGGGUAGCUCACAACAACACAGAAUUAAGUAUCAUUUGGCACAAUUUCAAUACUGUAUGUAAGAUUUACCCUAUGAGUUAAGGACCCUUGGCCUACAAACCCAUCGCCUCCCCCCCACCUGAAAAUAUCCUGUGCUCCAGAUGCUUUGGACUACAACUCCCAGCACCCCACCUGACCCAUGGCAAGGAAUGGUGGGAGUGGGAGCCUACAUCAUCUAAAAGGUAUCAGAUGUACUAUGGAUUACCUUUCCAAGCCUGGUCUCUUCAGUAUAAUUGCUGGUGUUGCCUGUGGGGUAUGCCUGGGCUGGAGCAUUCGAGCCCGGUUCUUGCGACCAUCCAAAGCCAGAAUGACCCAGAUUGCCAAUGAACUGGGCAAUGAAGCCACUAUCAUGGGUGAAAGCGGCGAAUUCAAGAUGGUGAUUGUCGUCCGGAACGACCUGAAGAUGCAGAAGGGCAAAGUGGCAGCCCAGUGCUCCCAUGCGGCUGUCUCAGCCUACAAACAAAUCCAGCGCCGAAACCCUGAACUCCUGAAGCAGUGGGAGUAUUGCGGACAGCCCAAGGUGGUCCUCAAAGCUCCUGACGAGGAAACGUUGCUUCAGCUCCUGGGCGAGGCCAAAACGCUGGGCCUGACAGUGAGCUUAAUCCAAGAUGCGGGCCGUACGCAGAUAGCCCCGGGUUCCCGGACUGUCCUCGGCAUCGGACCAGGACCAGUGGAGGUUGUGGACAAAGUCUCUGGCCAUUUAAAACUUUACUGAAUACGGAGCAUCUAGCCCAGAGAUAAUGAUAUCAACUGUAUAGAUUUAAAGCAACCCCUUAAAAACAGUGAUUAUUGAGCAGGAUCAUGGUUUAUUUUUCAUUGCCUUUCAGUAUUUGGAAUACAUAAAAUGCAACAGGUUAUCUGUC